AUGAUUCGACAUAAGUCUUUUAAUGCAGUGGCUGGAGCUAUUUUUAUUCCAAAACGUUUAGCAUCAUUCGAUUGUUCACCUCCUGGGAAGAAAGGUCUCGUCCUCGGUGCUUACGAAACUUGCGAGGGCGGACUCAAACUGACUGAAACAGCAACCAAGUUCGACAAUUGUGUGUGUGGCAAGCUCACAGAACUUCUUAAAGGGUCGAAAAUACCACGUGGCAAAGCUCAAGUUUUCGGUGGGCUAAAUGAGGACUUCAGCUACGUGGCGGUGGCCUGCUUGGGGCCGGAGAGCGCCGCCUUCCACCCCGUGGAGGCCUUGGACCAGUGCAAGGAGUACAUCCGGGAGGCGGCCGGCAUAGGUGCCAGGUCGCUACAGGACAUGGGAGCGACUCACAUAUUCGUCGAAGGCUUCACAAACACCGAAGCGGCGGCAGAGGGUUCCCUAUUAUCCGUCUGGAAAUACCAAGAUUGGAGAAACAAAGAAGACCAAGAACCGGCACCGAAGAUAGAGCUCUAUGACAACGAAGACGUGCAAUGGUGGCUAAAGGGCACCAUCGGUGCUGAAUCGCAGAAUAUGGCACGUUGGAUUUCGGAAUGUCCGUCCAACUUAAUGACACCGACAUUAUUCUGUCAGAUGGCAAUAGAAUAUCUGUGUCCGUGCGGAGUUGAGGUAGAACUCCGCGACAGGGAGUGGAUGGAGGCUAACCACUUCAACGCCUUCCUUACGAUGGCCCGCGGUUCCUGCCAACCGCCAGGCUUCGCCGAGCUGAAGUACUGCGGAGGGAAGGAGAACGAGAGACCAGUGGUGCUUUUGGGUAAGGGAUCGACUUUCGACACCGGAGGAUUGAACCUCGCACCCCCUAAGGGCAUGUCAAUAUACAGGGGUGAUAUCGCGGGUGCAGCGUGCGUCGUAUCGGUUAUCAAAGCGAUUGCAAGGCUUAAUUUGCCGAUAAACGUCAUAGGAGUGCUCGCUUUGUACGAAAACAUGCCGAGCGGCCUGGCUCUGAAGCAUGGUGAUGUGACCAUGUCCAGAAAUGGGAAGACAAUCAGGAUCGAAGACCCUGCCAACGACGGCCGAGUAAUUUGCGCCGAUUGCCUCGCCUACUGCGCCAGGUACAAGCCGGCAUUUAUAAUGACGGUGUCAACCAGCUCAACUGGUUUAAGUAACAGUUUCGGUACCCCACCUAAUGGACUGUUCACUACGUCUGACGUUUGUUGGGAGGAGAUCAACAUGGCGGGAGCUUACACCGGGGACAGGGUGUGGAGGUUGCCGCUUUGGAAGUGCUUUAGAAGCAGAGUAACCAAUUAUGAGGGCGUGGAUGUUGUAAACACAGGAUUGGGAAGAGGUGGUGGUCCAUGCUUGGCUGCCGCUUUCUUGAUGGAGUUCGUGCCGGCGCAGUGCGACUUCGUGCUUAUGGAGGUGUCGGCGACGGGGCUGCUGCACCGAGAGGCCGGCAUGCGCUACUUGCGCAAGGGUACGAUGACUGGCCGCCCGACGCGCACGAUCAUUCAGUUCCUUUACCAACUAGCCUGCCCUCACACGGCCAAGUGCGACUGUUAA